AUGGUGAGUGAACGUCGAUCCGAAGCUACAUAUGUCUUGGUUUUAUUAUACACUGAUGAUCCAGCUUGUGUGAAUUAUUUAACAGAUUGGGAUCGAAGAAUGAUUAAUGUUGAUGUUAUCGAUGAUUUUCGAACAGAAAGAGAGAAAAUUCGUCGUUUCCGAGGUGCCAACUAUCCAUUUUCGCUUGGUGAUUAUAUAACUAAAGCGUUGAUUGGUGGUAUUGAUCCAGAAAUUGAUCAUCUCAAUGAACCCGAUGGAGCAAAUAGUAUUAAUUCCAAUUAA